AUGCCACAAAUGGGGGGCCACAAUGAGGACGAUUUCCCCUGGGAUCUUGGGGUGUUUGACGCCCAUUGUCAUCCCACUGAUACCAUGUCCUCGAUUGCUGAGAUUCCUCGGAUGAAAGCCACGACCCUCACUGUUAUGGCUACGCGCGGAGAGGACCAGGAAUUGGUGUAUCAGACUGCUUCUACUCUUUCUGGGCUGAAUACUGCUAUCCAUGGUUCAACAGCUGGACGUGUGCUGCCGUGCUUUGGCUGGCAUCCGUGGUUUUCUCAUCAGAUAGUUGACGAUUCUGUCGCCUCCUCGAACACAGAAGCUGCCUCGAAAACUGAACAGAAGAUGGCACAUUACCGAAAAGUACUUACUCCAUGUCCAGACAGCGUCUUUGUCUCGGCCCUGCCGGAUCCCAAGCCGCUUUCACAACUCAUCUCGGAAACACGGUCGCGUCUGAAUGAAUACCCCAACGCUCUUGUCGGCGAGAUUGGUCUAGACCGAGCAUUUAGACUCCCCAAUUCUUGGAAAUCGCAGGAAAUUAAGAACCGUGAUACCAGUAUGACCCCUGGAUCCCGCGAGGGCCGAGCUCUUUCUCCCUACAAGGUACAGCCGGAACACCAAAAGGCCAUUUUAAAGGCUCAGCUCCUACUAGCCGGAGAGCUUCAGCGGCCCGUGUCUGUACAUAGUGUUCAAGCUCAUGGAGUAAUAUUUGACCUUUUUAGGAGCAUGUGGUCUGGUCAUGAAAAGAAAGUUCCAUCACGGCGGGAAAGACAACGGCGUCGCAGUGUUGCGGGUGCACAUGCGGAGAGCGAGGGAGAAGACGAGGGAGGAAACACAACACCCGCAAGCUCAGCACUACCUCUUCCAUUCCCACCACGAAUCUGCAUGCAUUCGUACUCAGGACCAGCAGAACCCCUCAGGCAGUUUUUACGCCCGUCUAAUCCAUCCGAUGUUUAUUUUUCCUUCUCCACCGUCAUCAACCUUAAUGGACCUUCGGCACAAAAGGUGAAAGAGGUCAUCAAAUCUUUACCCGAUGAUCGGGUGCUUAUCGAGAGUGACCUGCACACUGCCGGACCUGAGAUGGAUGAUCUGCUGGAACAAGUUGCACGGCAGGUCUGCGAGCUACGAGGGUGGACGUUGCACCAAGUCGGCCUGCCAUGCUCCAAUUGUCGCUCCGCGGGAAAGGGAGAUUGCCGUAUUCAUGAGAAGAAAAAGCGUCUAGCGGUGCGCUCGAUUCUCGAUCCGGUCCCCAUUCGCUGUCGCCCGCCUCCGUCCUCUGAACCUUCCCCCAGGCUAUUGCCCCCCGAAACCGUUGGCCAGCCCACCGCUUUCACGACUGCCUUCCGCGGCAUCAAACCUGAAGUGACCACCCCCAUCGCGAGCACCAUCCCAACCGACUAUUCACCUCCUUCUGUCUUUGAAAAUAACACCAACAAUAACCUCCCCAACCAUGGGAUGCAAUCAAUGCCGGGCACCCAGGAGUGUCGUCGCCAGUCGGGUUUGGAUCCUUCACCGGACCAGGAUGCCAACGGGGAUUUGGAGAAGCGGCUGGUGAAAAUCAUUGAUGAAGAGGAGUCAAGUACGCGGGAGAUCCAGCGGGGUGUGCGAGCAAUCUACGUCGGCCAUGAAUUGUCGAACAUGUCCUUCCUGAUUCGCCAACAGCGAGAUAAAGCUGAUGGCGUAUAUCAUUUUGCCGGAAAUGAAAUUCCUCGGCGACAAUUGCGCACAGGACAUGAUCAGCUCCUUGUGGAUGCUCUGACUUUGCCUGAGCAGUCUCUCGCGGAUGAGUUGGUGCAAGCGUAUUUUAACUAUGUGAAUCCAGGUUAUCCCAUAGUCGAGGAGGAUCACUUCAUGGCGCAGUAUCACAACCGAGACCCAGCUGACCCCCCACCAGUAUUGCUGCUUCAGACUAUACUGCUGGUAGGGGCCCAUGUCACGCGCCCGAAGGCUGAGAGAGAUGCUCUGAAAGAAAUAUUUUUCCGCCGCGCCAAAUGGUUGUUCGACAGUCGAAUCGAGCGGAACCGUGAUAUUAUGGUUCAAGCCGCGCUGCUCUUGACCUGGUAUUCGGAUAGCGCUGACGACGAUGUGGCUGCCAAUGCUCACUAUUGGGUCGGUAUAGCGGCCAGGAUUGCCACGGGCCUCGGCAUGCACCGCAAUCCGGUCUCCAGUAACUUUGUAUCGCGAGACCGCCGGAUGUGGAGGAGACUGUGGUACAUCUUAGUUCAGUUUGAUGUCAUGAUAUCUCUUUCGUACGGUCGACCGCAGGCCAUCAAUCUUGAGGAUUCUGACGUCUCCCCGUUGACCACCUCCGACUUCGAAGGAUGUGGGCCUCGGGUUCAAUCGGAGUACGUGAUUCAUUUCUCGGAACUCUGCACAAUGAUCUCGUACAUCAUCCGAGAUAGGUUCGGACUGCGUGUCAGUGCGGAGCGUCGCAAGGCUGCCCUACAUGAAGCAGACGAAGUGUUGGCGAACUGGUCACUCAAGCUACCGGACAAUUUACGUCUACGGACAUCAGAUAUGGACCCUUGGUCUGCUAUGCUCCACUUGACUUAUAACAAUUUCCUUAUCCUUCUUCACCGGCCGCACCCAAGAGCAUCCGCUUACUCCGACGAUUACGGGCCGCAUGAUGCCGAAAUCUGUAGCGCAGCCGCGGGGGUCAUCGCGUCCAUUUUUGAAGAGCUCCGCUUGAAUGACCGGUUGAAGUUCUUAUGGUAUACGGGGGUUCAUACCCUCUUCACAGCUAUGAUCCAAGUCCGGGUGGAACUCCGGUUCUCUAAUCCGGUCCUAGCGAUUAAUGCCUUGCGUCGCUUUGACUCGGCGUCUUAUUCUCUGCGGGAGCUUGCCUCGUACUGGUCUCAUGCCAACACUAUACUACGACUGUUUGAAGACUCGCGGCGUCUUCAGGAGGAUCUGCGAAUGGCGACCAGCCAGCGGCCAAGGCACUUUAGCAACACACGCGACCCGAACCACAAAGAGAACGAUGGCAACCCGCCCAACAGCACAUCAGAAUCCGCGCAGGCAAACCCGUCUCUCCCGUAUGCCGUUCCGACCCCAGAAUCGCCACAUAUACCGUCCUCCUCCAUAAGCCCGGGUCAAAAUCAGCCAUUCGACAACUGGAUACCGUCGAGUAAUUUGGCAUCGGUGGAUCCAUUGGAUCAACCGCGAGAGCUUCUAGAUUGGCGGCAACUGUUUUCCUUUACCGAUCCGGACCAGCCUGUCCUUCCUGUGGCUAUGGAAGGACUACCGGAACUGGAAGAUGAAUGGCGACAGAUUUACUGGCAGGAGACUCCGUUGUCGGAUCUUCUUCAAGAUGGAGGGUGGAUGCACUAA